AUGGUCGAACAAGUCAGUACUGGUAUUCUUAAACCUAUGUUCGCUGCAUUUGAAAACGAAAAACCUCUUCCAGAAAAACCAAUUCUUCAAGUAAUGAAAGUUGGUUUAACUAACCAAAACACCCAAAACGCCUCACAACAAAGAUAUAGAGUGGCGUUUUCAGAUGGUCGUGAAUAUGUACAAGGACCAGUCAUGUCACAAAGAUCCAAUAAUCCACCUCAAAUUAUGCCACCACAAUCUUUACAAAGACCUCAAGCACCUCAAGUUAGGCCUCCUCAACAACCUAGCAUACGACCAAUCACGUCUCAAGUAAAUGAUGCUGAUGAGGGAGUUUUCCCAAUUAGUUAUCUCAGUUCGAAAUCAGAAAUUAAGCGUUGGCAAAACAAGCGUGGAGAAGGGAAACUGUUUAAUGUUACUUUGUUGGAUAAUAGU